CGCGCGAACCGACUCAUUUCUUAAGUGGUAGGCUGUCCGCGCACGUCGUCGGCUUACGCGCGCAGUCUACAACUUGUUUGUUCGGAUAUGUGUUUUUAUCUAAAAACUACAAAUUAUUCGGUCGAUUUUCGGAAUACCGGUGAGUUGUGCGUGUACCAGGGCCAUCAGGACCUAACCAGGGCGCGAGUUCUGUCUCGGGCUCACAGUGGCAUCAGUGAUAAAUUGCCUGCAUAAUUUGUGAUUAUUUAGAUAAUCGAUGUGCAUUACGUGGGGUUGUGGUAGAUCUAUGUUGUUAUCUGUUGUGCCAGGGAGUGUUUGUGAAAACUUGACUGAGAAGUUCUCGAAUUACUCUUCGUUCUCGGAUAAUUGUUGUUCCCCCGUGAUAAUUGUGCUCGUUACAUCUGACCACUGACUACCGCCCGUGCUCCUGUACACACUCAUCGAUUUACUCGACACCGAAUCAUUCACUAAACUCUUGUUUACGGUUGUGUUUUUGUAAAAGGACUUUUACGGGGCAGUCACUUGGAGUGGAUAGAUCGGUUGUUGUUCGAGUCGUGGUGGACUUUGAAAACGGUUCUCUGGUUACUAUGAGUACGUCUUCGUCAGUAGAGUAAGACAUCGAGAUGACUUCGUAAUCGACCCUACUGGCGACCGGAGACGCACACAUCCAGUAGUGAGGAGUCCUCCCGUGAUGAGAUCGACAGAGCCGGGGACCUCGUAGUGCCACACACUCCAGCCACCAGUGUCCAGCGACUCCGGCCCAGGCCUGGAGAGUUUCGUCCCUUCGUGUUUCCACAAACUGACCACGCUGAAUUACACGGAUCUCGGGAGCCCCUUCGGAUCGGGCGGGAGUGCAGGGGGUUCCAACACCCCUACACCCACGACGAUGGCCGCAGGAGACACUCUGGAGGGUCAUCACCACCACUUGCUGGGCGCCGGGAGCGGCCCUCCCAACCACCAGGACUCCGGCAGCUCCACCCCGGUGCCGACCUCCAAGUCCGCGUUCAUCGAGCUCCAGCAGCAUCCCUACAACCCCUCCGGGAUCCGCUCGGCCUAUCAUCCUCACCACUUCAACCCGCACCAGCCCGGGCCCGGGCAGCCCAACUCCGGCAGCGGACCCCAUCACCACGGUGUCGACCCCUCGGGAUUCGCCAGCCCACGGACCGCACUCUCUGCCUAUCCUUUCCCUCCCAUGCACCAGAACUCGUAUACAGGAUACCACUUAAGCUCUUACGCGCCUCAGUGCCCUUCGCCACCCAAAGACGAGAAGUGCGGGGUAGAUGACGGCGGACUGAGGGUAAAUGGGAAAGGAAAGAAGAUGCGGAAACCGAGGACGAUCUACUCGAGUCUGCAGCUUCAGCAGCUGAACAGAAGAUUCCAGAGGACACAAUACCUCGCGCUACCGGAACGGGCGGAGCUGGCGGCAUCUCUCGGGCUCACACAGACUCAGGUUAAAAUCUGGUUUCAAAAUCGAAGAAGCAAGUACAAGAAGAUGAUGAAAGCGGCUCAGCAGCAGGUGACAACUCCUAGUGGAAACUCCAACAACGGUGGCAGCGGAGGUCCCGGGCACGGCAUGCUUGGGAGUGGACAGCCGCACACGCCUGGCGCACUACCAGGAGGCAACAGCCCUCAGCCGCCCGCGGGCAUCCUAGGAGGAAACGGAUCGUCCAGUGGGAGCCAGCCCAGUCCCGGUGGCGGUUACAUGCCACAUCCCGGGAACCACGGAACCCCCACGCCGAGUUCGACGCCGGUCAGCGACAUGUCUCCCCACGGCGUGUCAGGGUCUCCGCCUCUGGUCGCGUGGGACAUGAAGCCCAACAUCGCGCCACCCAGUCACCACCACCCGCACCACCACCCCGGCUACAUGCCUCAGUACUCCUGGUACCAGGCGGACGCUAACCAAGGCCUCCUCACCAAAAUGAUGCAUGAUACAGCGUUCUAUUCGAAUCAACAAGAAAAAUCUUGUUUAACUGUGUGGCCUGCAGUCUAACGAAGACGUCCCUACCAACCAGUGUACUGUGAAGGACCGCUAUGUUAGUGUGUGUGUGUGUGUGCUACUGUCGUUACCGGCCAGACCAGAGUGUCUCGUCUCCACUCAACCCCGCGGUCGCCAGCCACUAGUCGCUGCCAUAACUCGCCGGCCACCAGUCGCUGCUACCGGACACCGGCCGCGAGUCGCUGCCGCCGGUCGCCGGCCACGAGUCGUCGUCGCCUCCAGUCACCGGCCACUAGUCGCUGCAACCAGUUGCCGGCCGCCAGUCGCUGCCGCCAGUCGCCAGCCUACGCCCAGCUCCAGCUGUACAUACAAUAUCUUUGUUCCUACGUCUCAGCGCACUAUCGCCACGACCCAGACAAUCAACACUGGCCGCACUUCCUACAGCGAUCGCCGUAUUGAUUCUUUGACCUACUUUCCUUUGUAAUUUAUCUAAUGUUAUAAAUGCGUUGUAAUUUAAGACGAUUGAAAGUGGAAAUAGAAUAACGUUAAUUUUAUUGUGAUUUAAGGAACCGCCUGUGUAUAAUAUAAUAAUUCGAGAGGAAUUUGGCCUCUGAUCGUUCACGCCUGUACUUCGAAUUUUCGCCAAGUGUAUUAGACUAGAAUCCAAAGGUGUUUUCUUCUAGGAAGCUCCCAAGGGCCUGAGUGGUAUUUCCGGCCCUGUUAUAAUGAUUGUGAUUUUAAAACACGACUUCAAAGGCCACUGUAAAUCUGUCUUGAGUUUGUGGUUAAAAAAGUUAACCAGUUGGUUAUAAAUAUAGUUUUACAUAAGGACACGCUUAGUUUUGGAGAAACAGUUAAAAUAUUUAAAUAUAACCCACACAAAAUCAUUUUGUCCUUUCAUGAAAGUAAAAAGCAUCUAACGAAUUAUGUGAAAUGGUCUGAAAUGUCAUUGUAAAUAUAACAGUAUCUGUUCAUGUCACGAAAACAACCUGUUAAGUUAAGUAGCCAUUUAUGUUUUUCUCCAUAACGGGAAAACGGUUUUCCCUAAUUUUUCACAAUAGGGCAGUGGUGUUCAAAGUCGGUGGUUUGAGCAUGAGAGUACAAUCUAUUUGUGUACGAUACAAGAUUUUUACUAUCAAAUUGCUUAUUAAAUCUGUGAAUCACAUUGUGUAAACAAAUUUGGACAUAGCAGAAAUUAAAAUAGCCUCAAACAUGUUUUAAUUGUAAAAAAUAAUGUCUUUGAACAACUUUACAAAUUAUUUAUAUAAAUGUGCUAAUAUUGUGUUCUACAUUACUAUUGGUAUUUAAGUGUUACAAUAAGCAUUUUUAGUUUUUAUUCAUUGCGUCUGCGUAUACAUUCAUUACAAAUUUGACAACAAAUUGGAAAUGUUUUACAAGAAGGUGGAUUAACACGUUGUCCAGCUUGUAUUAUAACUAAUAAAAUGUUAAAUUGUUGAUAAAGGCGCAGGAGAUUUUGUUUUACACCUCGAUGUUAUUUUGUCUUAUUGUCUGAAAGAUUAGGCUGGAUCAUCAUAAUUAAUCAAAAAAUACAUUGUGAAGAUCCUUGUAGUAAAUUGUAGGACUGUCUGGAUAUUUUUCAGUAGGUAAAUUUUAAGCCGAACUGUUGGUUUGGAGAUGAAUUUCAUAUUGAAGUAUUUCUGGUUAUGGACGUAUGAUCCUUCUGUCCAUUACUUUUGAGUUCUCGUUUGUGCAAAAUGUCCUUAAACAACGUGGAUGAAAUGAGCUCGCUAAAUAAGUACUUUGGUACAUGAACCAAGAGAAAGACAAUUGAAAGAUUGGGUCUCAGAAUUGGGAAAUUGUGAAGAGAGUUGCCACGUAACACCAAAGCAUGCUCUCGCUAACGACAGAAAGGUAACCGCGUUGCCCGAUGUUUCUGUUCAGUGUUACCAUUGUCAGUGAGCUUAAAAGUAUGCCGUAGUACAGCACGGUUACAACACAACUUUUGUCAUCGAUGACGUUCGAAAUUUUUCCGGUUAUUUUACUGAAUUCGUAAUGAAGUGAUCCUGACAUUGAGAACUUUCAUUGACUGGGAUUGUGUCCGAUAGAUUUGUGUGGCAACCGAACGGGUCUACGGCAGUCACGCAAACUGACGUCUCUUUCCCGUCGGAAUCGAUGCCUUGAAAUAUUCAAGGACCACAACUCUUCUCUUCGCCGGGAACCCUUGUCGAUGAAAUGCGGUCCGGGUUCCGAAGCCCUCGAGACUCCGGAGGGUCACCACACUCGAGUCCACGCGAAUUUCUUGGAAACAAAAUAUUCCUUUCACAUUUAUGAUAGAUGCAGUGAUGCUCCUCGCCGUUCACGAUGAUUUUGUCGAUAAAUGACUGCACUGUCGUAUCCAGGUAAGAUCAUCGGCGGUGACCGAGAAUUUCACAGUGCAAAGUUCGACCAGUCCGUCUACGGAUCCACGCCAAUUCCUACAUUUAUUUAAAUCCACUUUUAAGCUGAGUCACCGACGUCGGCGCAUGAAUAUUCAAGACGAUGCGGCCACGGCCUUCGGUCGCCCUCCGUCGCCCGUCACAGACUCGACAUUCGGCCCUCGCCCUAGCCCAGUCGCUCAUCGGAUAUUCCAGUAACCCGUUAUUCGUUAUGGAUGUUUUAUGUGAUGUAUACUUUCCACGUUAGAUCUAGAUGUAAACUCGAGCCCUAUUUUCUUAUCAAAAUUCGAUUUGUGUAUUUAUGUAAACCGGAUGAAACUUCAUUCUGUUAAGAACCGACUCGUGUCCUGGUGGUGGGGGAUCACCGCCUCCAGUAACAUAUACCAGCCUUUAGUCUCAUGUGUGACCUGUUAGUUCGUCGUAUCUCAUGUUCAUUAUAGAAUAGCUAUGAUUUUCACAAAUUUGUAAUUUGUACAUAUUAUAUAUUAUAAAUGAAACUUGUGUAGUAAAUAAAAUGGCAAAUUAUGUGUAUAGCGAA